GUUAUAAUACUCCCAUGCAGUUAUUAACAACCACUAAAACAAAUACUUAAUCACAGUGCACCUGGACAUAACUACAGCAGAUUAUAGCUCGUCAAAUAAUUAGGUCAGCAUGCUAUAAGGAACAUUGGCGUUAUUUAAGUCACGUCACCUUCUUACGUUACAAUUCAUUCCACCGCUGGAUAUUUCUUCGCCUCCAAACCGUCGUCGUUAAUCAUUCUUCUUUUUUCUUUUCACAAUAUUUUGUUAAUAAUUCGAAUCUGGCAAGUUGUAGUUUUUAGGUUUUGUGAUUAAUUAACUUUCAUCGGAAGUGAAAUCUUAUCACCGCAAGAAAGAUGGCCUAUGCAAGAAUAGGUUACGGUGGUACUUAUCUGGUGCACCGCGGCAUAUUGGAGUCCGAUAACAAUGCGAGAUCGCUUUCAUCGUCGUUUCCGAUCAAUCGCGAUGGAAGUCGUCGUAUCAACGUCGGAACGAUCUCGGCGUCUGUGGCGGAGGCGGUAUCGGAGAUAGAGAAACAGAGAGGAGGAAGAAGAAGCGGGGGGAGAGAUCGUAGAGAGGUGGAGGUGACGCGUGAGAAGCUGGACAGGUGGAUGAAGAACUCUGUGACGGAGAUCGUGAAGAAUUUGAGUGAAGCGCCUUUGUUAGUCCAUCUGUACGCCGGAGAUGAGGAGAAGGGGACGGUGGUGGUGAUGAAAGCGGAGGAGUGGGCGGCGGUGAAGGGGAGAUGGGAGAGAGGAGAGGCGGAGAUGCCGGAUGGGAUAAUAUUCGUGGAGCAGUUAGGGACAACGGAGGAAGAGAGCUGCGGUUGUGGUUUUGAAGGUGACGACGGCACGCGUGCAUGGGGGUUGGUGGUGCAAGGGAAAGGAGUGGAGUGUGGGCCGGUUUGUUAUUUGCUAAAGACUACACGGGUCGGGUCAGGGUCAGGUCUGAGCAUGCGGUGCACACAUUUCUGCUUAGCCAAGGUGUCGAGUUUUAGGGAGACGACGGAGUCUCAGCUUCGAAAUUGCUGGCUCGUUGGCAAUUAACAAUGAAGCCUGUAUUAAUCAUGUGAAUAAUCAGAUAUUAAAUCGAAACUUAUGUUUAUGUUUAUGCUACCAUAUGAUAACUAAUUAACUAUCCA